UUUCAACAUUCAGUUUGUAUAAGAAACUAAAGCAAGCAACAAUAUGGCAUUGUUAUCUAAUUCAUUUGUCGCUGUAAUUUACGCGAUAAUUUAUUUUAAUAGUUUUGCUAGUGCAGAAGAAUGCGAUAAAACUAAAUGUCCAGGUCCACUAGCAUAUUAUAAGGCACUUGAUUGUAAGCCAAUUUAUCAACAGACAGGUGAUUGUUGUGCUUACAAAUAUGACUGUGAUCAUUUAAAAAAUCAAAAAAAUGAUAAGUGUUACGUCAAUGGACAUGAAUAUAAUAUUGGAGAUAAACUUAAAGACGAAGAUGCAAAUCCAUGUGAUAUUGGAUGCUCAUGUAGAGUUGGACACGAUGGUAUCGCUACAUUUAAUUGCGCCGUAGUCGAUUGUUUUCACGGACCUAUAAAACCUGGAUGCUAUCUAAAAAAUUCACCAUUAAACUGUUGUCCUGGUGAAGAAGUGUGUCGUAAGUCAUCUACUAUGAUUUAUAAAGAUGGUGAAUAUUUUCAAAUAGAUGACAAUGAUAAAAAUUGCGUUUGUCAACCAGAAUAUAAAGGAGAAAAUAUCGAGCCAUUUUGUGCUUCACCAAAACGUCCUUAUUGCGAUCCCCAAUUUCGUCAUGCCGGUGAUGUUAAAAAUAAUUGUGUACCUGUCUAUUAUUCCACUCAAAGUCCACAAAGCUCUUGUAGCGUUUUUUCUCGAUGCCAGAAUAAAAACGACACAAUAAUAAAAAAUAAACAGCCAAAAGAAAAUACUGGCGAUAAUUCAAAUGAUUUAAAAUGUAAUUUUGGUAAUAUGACACUUGACUUGGGUGAUAGUUUAAAUCAAGCAACAGAUUAUAACUCUGUUUGUGUCAAGUGUAUUUGUGAAAUACCACCAGUGUUAACUUGUCAACGUCUUCCUGAUGAAGAAUGUGAUAUUACUAAGCAUCCACCUUUUCAUUCUCAAUUUUAACAAUUUACGAAAAACAAUAAAACUAAAAAUGAAUAAAUAAAUAAAUAUCACAUUACCUUUUAUCAGAAUUACAACAGCAUUAUUCAAAGUUCCAGACGACAAAUUAAUAAACAUUAUAAUUAACUGAAAAAGUACGUUGAUUUUAGCACUUCACUUAAAUUGAAAUGACCCUUUUUCGGUAUUUUUGUUAAUAAAGCAUGAAGAAGUUGGUCUUCCCUUGAAGCUUUUCGUUCCAUUAAUAUUUUUGUAAGAUCCAUAUUAUUUUGAUUUUGUUUAUCAUCAUUUGAUGGACUGUAAUGAAAUAUUAAAAAUUUAUAAUAAACUGAGAAUAAAAAAUAAAAUUAAUUAUAAAAUAACUUACGUUUCACUAGGCAAAUAAGUAUUUACAAAACUUUGAGAAAGAUUUUCGAGAAUUGGUUGAGAAUGAAGAGCUACAAAUUGUUCUCUACAUAUUUUAUUCAUAAUUUCAACAGUGCAAGGAUGAGUCCAGUAACAAUCAUGAACAGAUACAAAUGUUAUUCCAGCUUUUUCACAGUGUAAACUUGUAAGCAUCAUAUGACAAGAAUCCAAUGAAUGAAUAAAAUUUGGUGCAAAUGCACUUUUUUGUUUAGAUAUAU